UUUACCGAUCAGAUUUUUUCCCUGGCCUGGGGUGGAUGCUGAAGAGAUCGACUUGGGAUGAGCUAUCACCAAAGUGGCCAAAGGCUUAUUGGGAUGAUUGGCUGAGAUUGAAGGAGAACCAUAAAGGCCGCCAAUUUGUUCGACCAGAAGUCUGCCGAACAUACAAUUUUGGUGAACAUGGGUCUAGUUUGGGACAGUUUUUCAGCCAGUACCUGGAACCUAUAAAGCUAAAUGAUGUGAAGGUUGAGUGGAACGCGAUGGACCUGGGAUACUUGACAGAGGGAAACUAUACCAAGUACUUUUCUGGCCUAGUGAGACAAGCACGACCAAUUCAAGGUCCUGACCUUGUGUUAAAGGCUCAAAAUAUAAAGGGUGAUGUUCGUAUCCGGUAUAAAGACCAAGCAGAGUUUGAACGCAUAGCAGGGGAGUUUGGCAUAUUUGAAGAAUGGAAGGAUGGUGUGCCCCGAACAGCAUAUAAAGGAAUCGUGGUGUUCCGAAUCCAGACUACUAGACGUGUAUUCCUGGUAGGCCCAGAUUCUGUGAUACAGCUUGGAAUUCGAAAAUCCUGAUGCAAAACAUAUGAAAGCAAAGGAAGAUCAUUUCGACCGCAGGCAGCCUUCUUCAAGCAGCUGUUUGCACUUUUGGCUGUAUAAUUGAAGGAUGAGUUUGUAGACAGGGGGUUAAAUUUAACAGCUAGAAAGUUGUGGUGACAUGUGUAGUAGGUUUUAAAGUUAAGGGAACCCCUUUAAAGGAGCAGACUUGAAACACUUAUCAGUCGCUUUAUAACUGAUUGUUUUGUGGGUUGUCUGUCUUACACGAACACGCAAAAUCAUUCUAUGCACCCUUUCUUCGACUA